GGUGUGUGGCUGGGGAUGGGGGGGUGGGUUGCACGUCCCCAUCCUUGGGUUCAUUUGGCAACAGCUGCUGCAGCAGGAGCGGGAGCCAAAAGGGGGAGGGGGCAACAGCCUCUCCCCUUCUCCCCUCCCCCCGUCUGGGGCGGUCAACCGCUUUGGGGACAGAACCCUGGUAGUCCCAGCAGGGGUCUAGGCAAGGAGCCGAGCAAGGUAUUUUUAGUCCCCUGUGGACGCCCGGAGCGUCCGAUCCCGCCUCCGAGGUUUCAGCAGCAGCAACCCAGGCGGCUGGUAGGACCCGCCGGGUUUGCGCAAUGGGCUGAGCGGCGGCGGCCGGGAAUGGAGCCCGCUGCGCUGCGCGGCGCUGGCUGGCUGCGCCCGGCGCCGAGGCCCCCCGGUGGGCAGCGCUGGGCCGAUCUCCGGCCGCUUCGGCUCGCUCUAGUACCUCCGACUGGCAGUGUCAUGCCCCGGAAAGAGAAGAGAUGCCAUUUCAGAUACUCAGACUCCACCUUUACUUUCACCUACGUUGGCGGCCCCAAAAGCGUAUCCUAUUCAGUCCACGUAUCUGAAGACUACCCAGAUAAUACAUAUGUGUCAAGUUCAGAAAAUGAUGAAGAUGUAUUAGUUACUACAGAGCCAAUUCCAGUAAUUUUUCAUCGACUAGCAACAGAAUUAAGAAAGACAAAUGACAUUAACUGUUGCUUAUCCAUAAAAUCCAAAUUACAGAAGGAAAAUGGCGAGGAGUCAAGACAGAAUAGCACAGUGGAAGAAGAUUCUGAAGGAGAUAAUGAUUCGGAAGAAUUUUAUUAUGGAGGACAGGUGAACUAUGACGGGGAGCUGCACAAACACCCCCAGCUUGAAGCAGACUUGUCGGCAGUGAGAGAAAUAUAUGGGCCACAUGCAGUUUCUCUCAGGGAAUACGGAGCCAUUGAUGAUGUAGAUAUUGAUCUGCAUAUUGAUGUUAGCUUUCUUGAUGAGGAGAUUGCUGUAGCAUGGGAAGUAAUUCGAACAGAACCUAUAAUUGUCCGAUUACACUGUUCUCUUACACAGUAUUUGAAUGGCCCAGUGCCCACUGUUGAUGUCUUUCAGAUUUCCACAAAAGAGAGAUUUGGCCUGGGACAUCAGCUGAAAAAAAUCAUGCAGACAUUUGUUACACAGCAGUGGAAGCAGAGCAAAGAAAAAUCCAAUUGCCUGCACAAUAAGAAGCUGUCAGAGAAGAAAGUCAAGUCUCCCCUGCAUUUAUUUACAACCUUGCGCAGGUCGCCAAGUUAUCCUCCCCCUGGUUGUGGAAAAAGCAAAUCCAAACUGAAAUCGGAGCAGGACGGCAUCUCCAAGACACACAAGCUACUGCGGAGGACUUGUUCCAGCACCGUCAAGACGGAGGACGUGUGCGCGCCGAAGCCACACAGGACCUUCGGUCGCUCGCUGUCCAGCGACCCCCGGGCUGAGCAGGCCGUGACCACCAUUAAGUCGCACAAACUCUUGACCCGCCCCUGCCCCGCCGCCGUCAAGCAGGAGGACUGCCUCGCUCUCAAGUCGCACAAACUCUUGACCCGCUCUUGUUCCGGAGACCCGCGCUGUGAGCACAACGCCAGCCUGAAGCCUCACAAACUCUUAAGCAGGUCUUACUCCAGUAACCUCAGAAUGGAGGAAUUAUACGGACUCAAGAAUCACAAGUUGCUCAGCAAGUCUUACACCAGUGCCCCCAAGUCAUCCAAAACGGAGCUUUUCAAGGAACCCAACGCAGAGGGCCGGAGGCUCUCUCUUACCUCAGGGCUCAUUGGUAUCUUAACACCAUCGUCAUCUUCAUCUUCCCAGCCUGCUUCAAAUGGUGCCAAAUGCAUUCCAAUACGAGACCGUGGCUUCCUAGUGCAGACAAUUGAGUUUGCUGAACAGCGGAUCCCUGUGUUGAAUGAGUACUGUGUGGUCUGUGAUGAACCACAUGUGUUCCAGAAUGGCCCCAUGCUUAGGCCUACGGUGUGUGAACGAGAGCUGUGUGUAUUUGCUUUUCAAACCCUGGGAGUAAUGAAUGAAGCUGCUGAUGAAAUAGCAACUGGAGCUCAGGUGGUAGAUCUACUAGUAUCCAUGUGUAGGUCUGCAUUGGAAUCUCCUAGAAAAGUUGUCAUUUUCGAGCCAUAUCCUUCUGUGGUAGAUCCUAACGAUCCUCAGAUGCUGGCCUUCAACCCCAGGAAGAAGAACUAUGAUCGAGUAAUGAAAGCCUUGGAUAGCAUAACUUCUAUUAGAGAGAUGACACAAGCACCGUAUCUGGAAAUCAAGAAACAGAUGGAUAAACAAGAUCCCCUUGCUCAUCCCUUACUGCAAUGGGUUAUUUCAAGUAAUAGGUCACAUAUUGUGAAACUGCCAGUUAACAGGCAACUGAAGUUCAUGCACACACCCCAUCAGUUCCUUCUUCUCAGCAGUCCACCAGCCAAAGAAUCCAAUUUUAGAGCUGCUAAAAAACUCUUCGGAAGCACCUUUGCAUUUCAUGGCUCACACAUUGAAAACUGGCACUCCAUCCUGAGGAAUGGUCUGGUUGUUGCUUCUAAUACACGACUACAGCUCCACGGUGCAAUGUAUGGAAGUGGAAUUUAUCUUAGUCCAAUGUCAAGCAUAUCAUUUGGUUACUCAGGGAUGAACAAGAAGCAGAAGGUGUCGGCCAAGGAUGAGCCGGCUUCAAGCAGUAAAAACAGCAAUGCAUCCCAGUCACAGAAGAAAGGACAACAAUCCCAGUUCCUGCAAAGCCGUAACUUAAAAUGCAUAGCCUUAUGUGAAGUGAUCACCUCACCUGACCUGCACAAACAUGGGGAGAUAUGGGUCGUCCCGAAUACUGAUCAUGUCUGCACAAGAUUCUUUUUUGUGUAAGUGUGAAGGCUUAAAAUCCUACGUUACUGUCUCCUCCAUAAAUGAGCUAUGAAGAUGGCCAAGUGGGAGACGCAAAUAUUAACACCCAAGAAGGAGGCAUUCACAAAGAGAUCCUACGAGUAAUUGGUAAUCAAACUGCUACUGGUUAAAGGACCACCAUUUAAUUAACAUGAUUUGAAAGCCUUCCUCGGGUUCAAAGCUGGAUUUUGAACUGAAGAAGAUGAUAAAAUAAUUUAUUGUUAUUAUAAACAAAAUUAACCCUUUGAAUACUGAUUUUUUUCUUAGUAUUUCUAAGUAUAUCAUUAAAUACCUAAAAUGGUAUAUAAUUUACCAAUUGUAGGGUUAUGGAAUCUAGUAAUAAAAUUACAACAGCACUUAAACUGAAGUUUGGGUUCCUCACACAAUAAACAGAUUGAAAAAACAGUUUUGUGCUGAUAUGUUUAUAUUAAACUCUCUAAUUGGAAAUUUAAUAUUAUAUACCGACAUCUUAGGGUACCAAAAGAGGAUUGAAAGCAUUUUAUAAUGGCGUCUAAAUCUAUAAGAGACUUUGCAACAAGUAUAAUGUUUGCACAUUCUGAUGUGCUAUGUAAUUAGCAGUAUGAAAGUUCGAACGUUUUGGGGAGGGAUGUUUCCUAAUCUGUUAUUUUUCCUUAUAUAAAAGCAAUUAGGUCUUUAGAUGCAGCGCUUUGCCUAAAAGUAUGUAAUAUACAUAUCUAUAGAUUCAUGCAUCAAAUGUCUGAUUGUGCAUAUAUGUGUAUAUGUACACAUAUAUGUAUUUUAACAACAAAGAUGGCAUAGCUCCACAGUUCUGUUCUCAUUCGAUGGAAAGAAAAUGAUAUUCAGUAAGAAAAUGAUGUUCUCUCUGGACAUAAACCAAGAUAUGAGCCAAAAUCAUCACCAUUCAUUCACUGAAAAUAUUUGCAAACAAAUUUUCUAUUUGUUUAAAGAAUUUUCCCUUCAGUUAAACUCUUUAUAAUGUUAUAAUGUUGUAAUAUGGGGUAUGUAGACACCCCUGGUGGACUAAAUCUAUUCGAAUGAUCAUAUGUUUAAAAGAAAGACCUUGAAUUUAAACAAACAGUAUAUAUAUAUUUUUAUUUCCUACAAUGGAAUUUUUUUACAUUUAUUUAUACCGCACCAGCCUUUUUGUAUUUUUUCAUUUAAGACCUGUGCUUAGUUUGUUUUUCAUAUUGGGAAAGAAGACAAACUUUGAAAUUUCUUUUAUAUUAAAAGAAUAUGAAUACGUUUACAGAGAACAAUAACACCAGCUCUCAGCAUUCUCUUUUUGAGUCAUGUGCUCAGCAAAAUCAUUUCUGUUUCUUUGGAUUCUAAGUUCUUAUUCAUUACAAGUUUUAAUUGACAGUGUGUAUUUUCCUGCAUGAUGUUUCUGGAAUAAGGCCAUUCAUGAGAGCAGUUUAAUUAGCAAGUCUGCCACUCUAUUCAAAUCCUGAAUCAAGGCUCAUAUCUAUUUAAAAAGAAAAAAAUUUUAAAUGUACACUCAUUUGUAAGUGUAAUGUUAUAAAUUCUGUGCUUAUUUCCUUUGGUAUAAAAGGUGAGAACAAAGGUCAUCCACAUUGUUAAGGGUUGCCAUCUAGGAAGCAUUUCUUAAUCAUUUGUUUUCUUAUAUUGUAAAUAAUUGAUAUGCCACUUAUUUCUGCAAAAAUAGACUUGAAGUGGUUGGGAUAUUCAUCAUUGUGAUAGGAUCCACUUAAAAUAUUGAUUUGUUUUGACUUGUGC